GGAAGCCAUUAACAAAAAAGUUGUUUACAUUUUUUCCAACAUUAUCAAAUAAUGUUAUUAAGUUAUUUAACUUAUUAAAUAAGUUUUUUAAUGACAUUCGAUGUUUAAUUAAUAAUCAUUAUUAAUACUUGAUCCAUUCUUGUUAUUCUACUAGAAAAAAAAAAAAAAAAAAAAAAACAUCACAAUGGAUGAUGUUAUGAAAGAGAUAAAGGAAUGUAAUGGGAUUCGGUAUCCAUUUUACCGAACUGCAGCAAAAGUUUUAAUACUACAUCGAAAACUUCACAUGCAAUAUGUACCUCUUCAGUUGGUAAUUGGAGUGUUUGAACGUCAUAAGUUAUCAAUAACUGAAAAUUCAGUUAUAUUAGAUGAAACUGAAGUUGAAGAUGUUAUAGCAGAUAUAUAUUUCGCAGCUCGUAAAGAAGCUAAUGUUGAGUUUGAUAUUAAUAAAAUUACAAAGUUAGCAGUUGCAUGUAUAUUUUCGACGUUCAACAACAAAGGAAAAGCUUCAGUAUUCUCAGUAAAAGUAUUAUUAACUCUAAUCAGUUGUGGCAGUCUUCAUGAAAAAUAUGAAUACUUUUACCAAUUGCUGGCUGAUCACAAUGCAUGUUUGUCUAAGGCCGCUUUACAUACUCUACUUACAAGCAUUUGCAAAGUAACAGAAUUACUUGGUGAAAGUGUCGAGUAUGGUAGCCACUUGGUACAAUCGACUGUUGACAGUUGUUUCGUUGAGUCACAGGGUUGUUUAGGUGUCAGUAAAACGGAAUUAAGAUUAUGGCUAAUGCAGGAUCCACCUCUACUCUCCUGGAUAUCAACGUUCAAUCGUUUAAAAUUAGCCGAACAUGUUGUUCAUCAUAUUAAAUGUUCAUCAUGCAAAGUAACACCUAUCCGUGGACCAAGAUUUACUUGUUUAAGAUGUGCACGGUACCAUCAAUGUCAAACGUGCUUUUUCUUUGCUAAAACAUCUCAUAAACAUAAAUUAAAGCAUCCAGUCAAAGAAUAUUGCACAAAGACUUUGAGUAAACAAAACACCAAACCAAUAGUUGAUCUUAUUAGAAGUAAAUUAAGAUUAUGUCCGAUUCAAGUGUCUGCACAGUUAGAAUCAUCAGCAUUAAAUGCAUUACCAUUCAAUAAAGAAGAAUCGGUAUUUUCUGAUAGUACUAUUGAUUCGUCUUUGUCAGCUUCAAUAAUAAAUGAAAAAGUUAAUAAUGAUCAUCAAAAAGAAUUGUCGAGCAUCAUUAAUCACUUGGAACAAGAAAAUAAAAAAUUACAAGUGGAAUUGAAGGAAAUAUGCGGUAAUCGUGAUGAAAGGCUGCAACAGCACCGAGAAGCUAUUGAAGCUCAGUUACAACGAUUAAAAACACUAAAGAAGUACAUGUUUCACGGCCAACGGUCGUCAUUUCCACAAACUAUGCGCUGUGUACAAAGUACACCACUAUUACCAUCGUUACCAGUCGCAUCUAGAUUUUCAACAUUACCUGAAUUCCAAUUAAGCCCGAUUAUCCGUCCAAAUAAUAAUGCUGAUUGCAGUAAUACGAUAAUCAGUAAUAUAAAUCCAUAUGAAAUAAAUAGUAAUCUAUUCGACAACUCGAACGUUGACAGAUCUCAUGAAGAAACUAGAGAAGCAUCAAGUACUUAUGAAAAUUCUAAAUUGUCAUCUAAAAUUCAACUUAGCACUUGGAUUGGGGGAAAUCGAACGAGUAUUUAUCAAGACCAUGGUAACUUCUCCCAAUGGUUGAAUUCGAGUAAUUCUAAUUUACCUUCAUCAAAAUACUCGUCAAAGCCGUUGAACGUAACCGAUAAAAUGUCUCAUGAUGAUUCACUGUUAGAUAGCGCGCGAGACAAUACACCGUCUAGUCUUCAGCGGCCUGAUAAACAUUCACGACAUAGCAGUCUGCAAAAUAUUCAAGGUGAUUUAAAUGACAUACUCAAUCGAUUGCAGAAUAUGGUUGCAAACGAUUGUUUAUUGGAAGCAGAAUCCUUCAAUUCAAGUGACAAUUGUGAAUUGAAGCGUGCGGCAACACAAAUGGAAGAUCUUUUAACGGAUCUCAUUCAAGGUAUUGAAUCACGCAAGGGAAAACUCGCAACAAUCGUUUAACAAUUGUUAAUAUAAUAAAUAAUGACAUUGAUUAUGAAUUUAAUAACGAAUAUAUACAUAUUAUAUUAUUUUGUACACACUUUAUUAGCUAUAAAAAAUAAUUAAGUAAAAAAAAGAUGUAUUGAUAAUUUUUCAUAUUGCAUUGAUUGAAUAAAAGUUAUUGUAUUUGUU